UAUUACGUAAACGGAUCAAGUAUUUAAUGGCAUUAAAUACUCCAUCUAUGGAUAUUCGGAAUCGACGGAUCUUGGUUUCAGUGGGAGCUGAGAUCGUCAAAGGCAAGAAUGAAUACUCCGGAAACGAUGAUAUUGCCGGAAACGGAAAUAUGGAUCGUAUCGGAAAUAUAAAUAUUAUCCAAGUCGUAGAUGUUGCCGGAAACGGAAACAUGGUACGUAUCGGAAAAUAUUAUCGGAAAUGGAAAUAUUGCGGGAAUCGGAAAUAUUGCCGGAAACGGAAAUAUUGUCAGAAACGGAAAUAUUAUCGGAAUCGGAAAAUAAUUCCGGAAACGGAAAUAUUAAAUAUUUGUUCGAAACGGAAAUUAAUUCCGGAAUCGGAAAUAUUAAAUAUUGUUCGUAUCGGAAAUAAAUUCCGGAAUCGAGAAUUUAAUCGAAAGCGUAUCGUACGAAGUAGCAUCGGACGAGGCUCGCUAGACGAAGGCCCAGCACGAAGCCAGGCCAUCGCCCAGCAAGCCACACGCAUCACCAACACACGCCAAAGCCUCGACCAGGCCCAGCGCAAGCCAGGCCCAGCCGAAGCCAUGGGCGCGCGCGGACAGUAGCAUGGGCCGAGCGCUGUGCGCUCAGCGUGGGCCGCAAGGCCUGCGCGGGUGUACGGUGCUCGUGCGAUGCUCGUGUGCGAAUCCUAAAGCUAUCGGGAUUCGAUAAAAGAUUAAAUCCUAAACCUAUUAGAUAAAGUUUAUUUAAAUAAGAGUCCUAGCAGGAUUCUAAUUAAAUAAAUUAGUAUCCUAAUAGGAUUCCAAUUCCUUUUCCAUACCUCUAUAAAUAAGGGCCUAGGGUCAUUAUUUAUACAUAAUUUUUUCAAGUAUUCAAAGCUAGGAUUUUUAAGCAGAAAAAUCAGCCAUAACUCUUGCCCAUUUAGCCGAAAAUAAGUAGUACCUUAAGGGCGAUUCUAGUUGGUCAAUCUUAAGGCGGAUCCGGACGUGCAGUGGACUAUCUACGGAGGGACGACACUUGGAGUCCUAAAGACUUGUUCUUGUUCGGUUCGGGCGCAGCUAGGGAAGGCACGCAACAAAGAGUAUGCAUCUAAACUAUGCUAAAUGAUUAUGUGUAAAUAAUAUGCUUUCCUGGCUUUAUGGUUUUUUCCGCAUGAUUUAUGAAUUGUCAUAUGUAUCAUAACCUAACAGUAUUUGGGGGAGCGAGUGUCCCUUUAGCACCAUUCGGGGAACAGGUUUGUCCCCAAGGACCCACCGGAGUCCAUGCUGGUGCCGGAUGAAGAUCUUGCCCGGCUCUAUGUGAACGCUAGGGGCAAUGCUGUUUGCCGCUCUUGGAUGGAUUUUGUACAGAGGAAGGGUAGCUAUGACGACUUCCUGAGGAGGCUGGCUCCAACAGUACGCUUCGUACUGCCGGAGGAGGUGGAUCCUGAGGACAUUCCUCAUGCUGAUAGGAUCCUCCGCUAUGGGAACUCGGACGGGCAACAGGUGGAGGUGACCAUUCCUGUAGCUUCUCCUCCGCAUCGGAGAUUGUAUGAUGUUGUACCUGAGCAUUAUGCCGCUGCGCCUUGGGCGAGAGUGCGUCGCUGGAUGCUCUUGAUUGAUUCCUGGAAGAGGAAUUGUGCCAAGCUGACCCGGAAGCUUUCUGGCCAGGACAGAGAGAGCGCCGUCGAGAUCGCAGAGGAUCCGUUAACAAGGAGCCCUAGGCGGAGACGUCCUUGAGGCAGGAGGGACCGAGCUUGGACCUAGGACAGAGGUCCGGUGCUGGAGCUCAUUAGAGGCAUUCGGAUGCUGAUCAGAGAGCUGCCUCUUUUGUACAUGUUGAUCCUACCAGGCAUUCGUCUGGAGGUGCAAGCAGUUCGAGGCCCUUUGUUUCUCCUCCCGGUUACUACUUCGUAGGGAGUGGUCCUCAGCCUUGGGGUGCAGAUUCAUGGGCUUAUUAUGCGGAGAUGGAGAGGAUGCUUCAAGCUCAGAUGUUUGCGCCGAAUUUGUACAUGGCGAUGCCGCGACCUUAUCAAUAUCCCUCUCCUCAGCAGGGAGUUCAUCCCUCUCCUAGCACACUUCGUAUCUCGGAGCAGGAUCCUAGUACCCCUGGGACAGAGCUAGAUAUGGAUCUGGAGCGCCUUAGGAGGCGAAACAGGGACAAGGCGCCUGUGGUUGACGUCACCGCUGAUGAUGACUCGGACUGACCCUGCAUGGUAGCGAGUUCCAGCUUGCCUGGGUUGAUUUUGUAUAGGCUGGAUUGUAUUUGUAUGAAUUUGUAUGGUUUGGAACUUGAAUUUUGUAUGGUUGUAAGGCUUUGAAUUUGAAUUGGUUUGGAAAUUUUUUGAAGUUUUGGCUUUAGUAUGUUUGAAUGUUUGAUCUUGUAUGCGUUGUG